AUGGACAACAAGAAGCGCCUGGCCUACGCCAUCAUCCAUUUCCUGCACGGGCAGCUCCGGGACGGGGAGCUCUCCUCCGAUGCCCAGGAGAGCCUGGAAGUGGCGAUCCAGUGCCUGGAGACUGCGUUUGGAGUGACCGUGGAAGACCAUGACCUGGCACUGCCCCAGACUCUUCCAGAAAUAUUUGAAGCAGCCGCCUUAGGCAAGGAGAUGCCACAGGACCUGAGGAGCCCCGAGCGGACCCCACCCUCCGAAGAGGACUCCGCAGAGGCAGAGCGUCUCAAGACAGAAGGAAAUGAGCAGAUGAAGGUCGAGAACUUUGAAGCAGCCGUCCAUUUCUACGGGAAGGCCAUCGAGCUCAACCCGGCCAAUGCCGUCUACUUCUGUAACAGGGCCGCAGCCUACAGCAAGCUGGGGAACUACGCAGGGGCUGUGCAGGACUGUGAGCGUGCCAUCUGCAUAGAUCCCUCCUACAGCAAGGCCUACGGCCGCAUGGGCCUGGCGCUCUCCAGCCUGAACAAGCACACGGAAGCCGUGGCCUACUACAAGAAGGCCCUGGAGCUGGACCCUGACAACGAGACCUAUAAGUCGAACCUCAAGAUCGCAGAGCUCAAGCUGAGGGAGGCGCCGAGCCCGACAGGAGGUGUCGGUACUUUUGACAUUGCCGGCCUGCUGAACAACCCAAGCUUCAUGAGCAUGGCAUCCAACCUAAUGAACAACCCCCAGCUCCAGCAGCUCAUGUCUGGAAUGAUUUCGGGCAGCCACAACCCCCUGGGGACCCCCGGCACUAGCCCCUCUCAGAACGACCUGGCCAGCCUCAUUCAGGCGGGCCAGCAGUUUGCACAGCAGAUGCAGCAGCAGAACCCGGAGUUGAUAGAGCAGCUCAGGAGUCAGAUCCGGAGUCGGACCCCCAGUGCCAGCAACGAUGAGCAGCAGGAGUGAC